GAAGCUGCCUCAGGCGGGGAGACGUGUCGCUGCGGUGCUGCCAUGGCGGAGCCCAGCCGGCUGGAGCAGCUGGAGCGGCGUGUGCGGGAGCUGGAAGAGGAGCUGGCUCGGGAGAAGGGCGGCGGGCGGGCGCCGCGGGCCCGCAUCGAGACCAUGAGCCCGGAGGUGACGGACUCCAACCCCUACAGUCGCUUGAUGGCGUUAAAAAGAAUGGGAAUUGUCAAAGACUAUGAGAAAAUCCGUUCCUUUACAGUUGCAGUAGUAGGUGUAGGUGGAGUUGGCAGUGUGACUGCUGAAAUGUUGACAAGGUGUGGCAUUGGUAAGCUGCUUCUGUUUGACUAUGACAAAGUGGAAUUGGCAAACAUGAACAGACUCUUCUUCCAACCUCACCAAGCUGGAUUAAGUAAAGUGCAAGCAGCAGAGCAUACUUUGAGGAAUAUUAAUCCGGAUGUUCAAUUCGAAGUACAUAACUACAACAUCACAACACUGGACAACUUUGAACACUUCAUGAAUAGAAUAAGUAACGGUGCACUAGAGGAAGGGAAGCCUGUUGAUCUUGUUCUAAGCUGUGUGGACAACUUUGAAGCUCGCAUGGCAAUUAACACGGCUUGCAACGAACUUGGCCAGAUAUGGAUGGAAUCUGGAGUGAGUGAAAAUGCAGUGUCAGGACAUAUACAGCUGAUCAUACCUGGUGAAUCUGCUUGUUUUGCGUGUGCUCCUCCGCUUGUAGUUGCUGCCAAUAUUGAUGAAAAAACAUUAAAACGAGAAGGAGUUUGUGCAGCUAGUCUUCCUACAACUAUGGGUGUCGUGGCAGGAAUGCUCGUGCAAAAUGUUCUGAAAUAUCUGCUAAAUUUUGGUACUGUGAGUUACUACCUUGGUUACAAUGCGAUGCAGGAUUUCUUCCCAACCAUGUCCAUGAAGCCAAACCCACAAUGUAGUGACCAAAAUUGCAGAAAACAGCAAGAAAAUUAUAAGAAAAAAGAAGCCGCAAGACCAAAAGAAGAAGUAAUUGAACAGGAAGAAGAAAUAGUACACGAGGACAAUGACUGGGGUAUCGAAUUAGUAUCAGAAACUUCAGAAGAGGAGCUGAAGGCUGCUUCUGGCCCAGUACCUGAGCUUCCCGAGGGAAUUACUGUAGCAUAUACUAUCCCAAACAAGGAAGAGAAUCUGAUAACUGAGGAAACGGUGGCAGAGUCUGAAGAAAGCCUAGAAGAACUCAUGGCCAAAAUGAGAAACAUGUAGCAAACCAAAUACUAAGUAUAACUUUUAGGAGUUGACAUUGAAUUUUGAGAAAACCAGACUAUUUAUCCUUACAUUUCUGGUGAAAUGGAACUGUUACAGGGGCAGGAAGGCAACCGAACUACCUUGUUUAUGUUCUGAUGUCUAGUCAACGUCUUUAACAUAUGAAGUUGUGCUACUGUAAAUUUUAAUGUCUCAGCAUUGCUAGUGUCCAGGUGGUCAGUAGAAAAUAAAAAGGAGACGGAUAAACUAACAAAAGCAGGCCUAGCAUAUCGGAUGCAAUAUCAUGUGAUGAGAACAGGACGUAGUAGAGAACAAGUGAAAGAUGAAAUCUGCUGGAGCAGAUUCAACAGGUCAGAGGCAGAUGAUGGUGCCUCACUCCUAUUGCUGCUCCUGAUUUUCCAUGCACUUGCACUCAUCAUUGUUCACUGGUCUCUCUAAAUUCUUGGCAUGGAUCAUGCUGUGGUUACUUUUUCUGAGUAAACAGAACAUUCCAGCCUUUUCAUCAGCCUUAAAUAUCCCUGGAAUGGAUUUAUUUUUUUUUAAGCUUCCCUGGUUUUAUCCAUGUUUUACUGCUGCUUAUUCUUAAAUAGUUGCCUGUAUUUUUGUGCGUGAUGAUUUGAGUGUGUUGCAACAAGGCCAAGUCUUCUGUUAGCAGAUAAUUAUACUAGGAGACCGGGUCUUAGCUGUCCCUGUUUCAGUUGGCAGAUGCUUUUCAUGACAAAAUCUCUUAAGAAUUACCAGCGACAGUGGAAAGGAGAUUUUGUUGUAUCUCUUCAGAAAUCUGAAUAUUACAUUUUUGUUGGUUAUUAAAAGUUUAGCUGUAAUUCUGAUCCCUCCCCAUGAUACAGGCUAUGUUAAGGAAUAUACUUUAUCUGAGUUUGCAUAGGAAAUCAUGGGAAAUUUAAUGCUCUGAACUUUGUUUUGUGUUGCAGCUAUCUUCAGGGGAGUAGCUGAGCUAUUGAGUUUGUCUUGUAAGUAAUGCUAGUACAGUAGCAUGAACUUUUAAAUUAUCAUGUGUUAAACAUUUAAAUUAUCAUGUGUUACAGGUCACAUUAUCAUGUGACCUGUAAAUGUACACAACCUGUACUGGUAGUGCCCUGGCAGAACUAGGAGCAUAAAUUCCAAAUAUUUUAACUGCUGUGGGCGUCUGAUGCAGAACUUGAUUGUUACUUAGAUUUGGUUUAGAAGAAUGUAAAUUUCAGCCUUUGCAGAAUAAUACAAACAUUUCCAGCUUGGGCUCUUCAAAGCACCUUUCCACAGCACGAUGCAGCCAACACAGAACCAGCCAGUAACACUCGUGGCAGUAUCCCAUCCACAUGUAAAAAGACUAAUAUUGUGGAGGUGCUUCUGUCUCUUAGGGCAGCUGAAUGCUUGGUUAAAAAAAUAUUUGAUUUCUAAGCAACGGUUAUAAACUUCAAAAGCUGUUUCCUCCACAGCUGACACUAGAUUAUGUUCUUUACAUAGAAGUCAUCUCUGAAGCUGGUGGGGAGGUUUUGGGUGGGCUUUGUGUGCAGUGCAUUAUACUGUAAAAGGGAAGAUUUUUUUUUUUUUUUUUAAUCAAGUACAGUUUUGGAGAAAACGGAUUUUAGAAUUGAACUGCAAAGAGGGAAAAGAAACAAUGAGAUCACUAAAAAAGUACAUACUUGAAUCUGUGUCACCAAGUCUACUUUAGCUUGAUCCAAGUGUCAGUUUAAGUGUUACUUAUGUUUCUUUGUGGCUUUACCUUUCUGUUGGGGACAGUAAAAGUGAGGCACACACCUGGCUCUGGAGACUCUGAGGCAAAUGGUUGAUUAAUUUCUGCACCAGCUCCGUUAGUCUUAAUUCCGGCUGAUGUGGCUGCCCCCAUGUGCUUGACAGCUUUACAAGAGGCAAUUCUUUACCAUUUUAGUUCAUGUACAGUUUUACGAGCAAAUUAAUACAUUUUUUUGCAUGCCCACUUAUGGAGCAUGCAUAAUGGUUCUGUUACUUUCAGUCUUUCAACUUGUAUAUACAAGAAGAAUUUGAAAUGAUUAAAUUAAGUGUAUGUGCCAAUGCUUAAAAUUACUUAAAAGUAAGCUUUAAGGAUAAUUUUUUAAUUAAAAAGACAUUUACAAUUAUAAUCUACUCCGACUAUAAAACCUAUUGGGAAAUUUAUGACUUCUUUUGUUAGGAACUAACAAAUUAAAGCAUAUUGCAGUGGCUUAGUCCAGCUUUGUUUCUUUGGCAAUCUUAUAAAAGAAGCUUUCAGUGUUUAUAGUGUAUCAAUCAUGAAUGUUAGUGAGAUGUUGGUGUUCCAACUCUGUGAUUAAAUCUCCCUUGAAACUGCUGACACUCUGGUUUGAGGUGGAGUUUUCGUACACAGAAGUAUUACUUGGCAUACGCAAGAUACACAAAUUACUUUUUAUAAUGUCCAUGAAGUACAUGUUUUAAGAGCACUAUGUCUAUACUGCAGGAGGUUAUGGCCAACAAGGGGCCUGCAAGACCCUCCACUAUUACUCAAGAUCUUGUUUUACUGCCUGUAGAGAAUGGAUUUUUCUUCAGGUUGGCAGGGUAAGCUGUUGUUUCCUCACCGUCUUUGCUAAGGGAGAACGGAUGGUUGGGAUCAGCUACUUUCUAGGGAUUCAUUUUUUUUCCUUCUGAAGCAACCAUGCAACCUAGGAAAAAGUUGGAGCAAAGUGACUCAAGGGAACAAUAGGAACAAUUCAGAAUUGGAAAUCACUAAAUGGGGAAGGUCUGAUACAACACUGACGGUCUAGAAAGUAGUUUCUUAUUUAGCCAGCAAGAUUAAGAAAAGCUAUUUAGGAGAGCAAGAUGUAUCAUCGUUAUACGUGUUCCAAUCAGAGGUGACAAGCGAGACCAGACAUCUGAUAAUUCAUGAGACUGGCUUUAGAGGAGGGAAUUAACAAAUUAACAGGUCUGAGAAGAGUAGGCAACAAACACGUAACAAGCUGAGAAGGGUAAGGGGUUUGGGAUUUGUUUAUUUGUGGUGGAGGGUUUGUUUCUUUGUUUUCCUUCCUUUCACUCCUCUCCUUACUCCGUAACAGUCCUGUAAAGAAACUUUCCAAUUUUCAAAAUUUUUCAAGGUGUCUGGAAUAUAGUGGGAAAGGUCUCUUUGAUUAAAAACCCAUUUUCUUAAGAGAAAAAUAUACAGAGAUCUAUAAAAGCAUCAAUUCUUUUUGCUGUAUUGUAACACCUUUUAAUUUCUCUUCAACUAAAUUUUAUUCUUAAAAACCAAA